AUGCCGCUUCCAACUCGUGAAUUAGGUAAAACCGGAGUCAAAAUUCCAACUAUUGGCUUAGGAUGUAUGGGAAUGAGUGAAUUUUAUGGACAAACUGACGAGAAAGAAAACAUCAAUGUAUUGAACAAAUCAAUCGAAUUAGGAAGUUACUUUUGGGAUACUGCAGAUAUAUAUGGAAUUGGAGCUAAUGAGAUCCUUUUAUCCAAAGUUCUUAAAGAACAUCGUAAUGAUGUAUUUCUUUGUACUAAGUUCGGGGCCGUUCGAGGUCCGGAUGUAAAAAAUAUGAUGGUUAAAGGUGAUCGUGAAUAUGUUCUUCAAGCUUGUGAAAAUUCCCUGAAAAGGCUUGGGAUUGAUUAUAUUGAUCUCUAUUAUCAACAUCGUGUGGAUCCCAAAACUCCUGUUGAAGAAACCAUUGCCGCAAUGGCGGAACUUGUGAAAGAAGGCAAAGUGAAAUAUAUCGGACUCUCAGAAUGUUCCGCGAGCACACUUCGACGCGCUCAUAAAGUUCAUCCAAUAGCAGUUUUACAGCCACUUAGUCGUGGAUUCUUAACCGGAAAAUAUAAAUCAAUUGAUGAUUUUGAUCAAAAUGAUUAUAGAAGGACGAGUCCACGUUUCUUUGGUGAUAGUUUUCAGAAAAAUUUAGAAAUUGUUAAGAAAUUUCAAGAAUUCGCAAGCAAGAAAGAUGUUACCGCAAGUCAACUUUGUCUUGCUCAUGUAUUUAAACAUUCUGCCAUUUUAUCAGAAUCCUCUACCUUGUUAAGUCCAAUCUAUCACUAG